AGGCAGUGGGCUCCGAGUCAACUGGUAUGACCGCGGGCACUGGGUCAGACAUUGGAUCGUCUGACUGGACAGCGGGCAUCGGGUCACCAGGCAUCAAGUCAUUUGGCUCGACAGCGAGCACCGCGUCAUCUGGCAAGGCAGUGGGCUCAGAGUCAACUGGCAUGCCGCGGGCACUGGGUCAGACAUUGGAUCGUCUGACUGGACAGCGGGCAUCGGGUCACCAGGCAUCAGGUCAUUUGGCUCGACAGCGGGCACCGCGUCAUCUGGCAAGGCAGUGGGCUCCGAGUCAACAGGCACGACAGUGGGCACCGGGUCACCAGGCAUUGGAUCGUCUGGCUCGACAGCGGGCAUCGGGUCACCAGGCAUCAGGUAAUUUGGCUCGCCAGCGGGCACCGCGUCAUCUGGCAAGGCAGUGGGCACCGAGUCACCAGGUACGACAGCGGGCUCUGAGUCAAUUGGCACGAUAGCGGGCACCGGAUCAGGUACCGGAUCAUCUGGAUCAACAGCGGGCAUCGAGUCAACUGGC